UAAAUACGGCUUGUAUCUGAAGCCAAGCCGGCAGCUGCUUUGGCGCAACCUUGUCUAAUUCCAAGGAUAUUCCAUGCCCGUUCCAGCCUACAACCCAGAGGAAAUGCACGCCGCAAUCAGCUGCUGCUAACCUACCUGGCUGACUAGUUACCCGGCUAUAGCCGGCUAUGGACAGCGCAUCCAUGUCGCUGACGUCGCUGACCAGCCUGGGGCUGUUGCUGCUGCUGCUGAUGGUGUUGGUGAUGUGCGUGCUGUUGGUGUGCCGUUGUUUGGGUCCGCGUGCCGCCAGCUGGAUGCGAAUGCGCUCCAGCAAGGAGGAGAAAAUUGGCCUGUCCAAGCACAAGCUGUUCCAUGCCAACGGCUACAUGGCCAGCAUACAAUCCGGCUCCGAGUUUCUGCUGAGCACCAGCGGCAGCUUCAAGCGCUUCGAUACCAUUGACAAGGACGACCACAAUCGCUCCCAGCAGCAGCUGCUGCAGCUGCAACAACACCACCACCAGCAGCAGCAGCAGCAGCAACAGUUGCUGCUGGGCAAUGGAGGCGAGAACAUGACGACGACGACGACGACACCUUUGUGGAAUCUGCCGCAGGCGGAUGUCAGCAUUCCGCCGCAGCCGCUGCGCCCAGCGCCGGCGCCGGCACCGAACAGCGCCGGGCCAAGCAGCAAGACGGUCACCUUCUCCUUCAGCCAGAUCAAUGAGCUGGACUCGCCCACGACGGAGCCGCGCUCCUGCCCGCGACCAGCUACGGCUGCGGCUGCGGCUGCGGCUGCUCUGCCGCAGCCGCUGGAGGCGCCGCCGCCGCCGCGACUAACGACAUCCGCGUCGGUGACGCUCUCCGCGACGGCCAUACCGCGUCCCAUUGCCAAGCGGCAGGUGUCGCUGCAGCAGGGCAUCAAUCGCAGCACAGAGGCCGCACCGACCCAAUCCCAAUCCCAAUCGCUGUCCCAGUCCGAAUCCCAGCACCAGCCGGAGCGUCGUCCGCCGGCGCUAAAGCGUCGCAAUUCGAGCACGAAUCCCUUUCUGUGCGAAUCCACGGAGCAAUUGCCGCCGCCGACGGCAGAUCCGCCGCACAAUGGCAAUCCCUUCGUGCAUGGCCAGAGCCUGUCCAGCCGCCUGCUCAAGCUGCACAAUGCCAACAAUCCGUUCACGGGGCUGACGCAGCGCGUCAAGGGGCCGCACAUGCUGCAGAAGACCAUCUCGGAGGAUUAUCUGUUCCGCAAGCUGCCCAAUGGACAUGGCGCCGCGAAUGGGAACGGCAACGGCAACGGCAACUCGACCUGGUGCUUUGGUCGCUCGCUGCUCCGGCAGGAUUCGAGCAUCAGCCUGGGCCUGGGCAGGCGGAACAGCUCGCAAAUUUCGCUGGACGGCUCGAUUGAGGGCAUCCAUUUGGAGCACGCGAUCUCCUGCGAUUCGGUCAACUCGGACGCAUCGUCGCUGUGCCUCGAUCAGCUCGAUCAGCCCUAUACGCAAAUCACGGGCUAUCUCUGCGUCAGCCUGCAGUACGACAUGCACAAAAGCAGCAACAGCAGCCAGAACGAGGAGCAGCUGGAGCUGACGGUCAGCGUGCUGGAGGCCAAGGGACUCAUCUGUCCGCUCAGCAUGGGCCUCGACUCGCUGGACACAUUCGUGCGCAUCUACCUGGUGCCCGAUCAUGCGGGCGGCAUGCAGACCAAGGUGGUUAGGUCAACGCUGACGCCAGCGUACAAUGAGAGCUUCAACUUUCGACUGAAGCGCGAGGCGGGCAGGCGGUCGCUCUGGUUCCAUCUGUACCACAAUGGGCCCGCGCACACGCUGAUCGGCGAGGCGGAGAUGGAGAUUGGCGAGAUGUCGCGUCCGAUAACCACAUGGAUACCGUUGUCCGAUUCGCGCAAAUGCAAUGCCCGCUGGGGUGAGCUGAUGUUCUCGCUGAGCUAUCUGCCGACAGCGGAGCGCCUCACCAUAGUCGUGGUGAAGGGACGCAAUCUCAAGCUGGACCUGGAAGCGGAGCAGCAGCAGCAGCAGCAGCAGCAGCAAUCGGGCGCAGUGCAGCACGUGUUUGUCAAGGUCUAUCUGAUGAACAACGACAAGAAGGUGCUGAAGAAGCGCACCUCGCUGAAGCGCAAGGAUCGCUGCCCCAUUUUCAACGAGUCGAUGAUCUUCAGUGUGCCGCCCCAGGGUCUGACCACGGUCCAGCUGCGCCUCACCGUGUUCGGUGUCACGGACAACGGGAUUGUGGCAUUGGGUCAUGUCAUUGCCGGCAGCUGUGCGGUCGGCAAGGGUCUGCGCCACUGGCAUCAGAUGCUCUCCUCGCUGCGCAAGCCGGUGGCCAUGUGGCAUGUGCUCCGACGCGCCGCCAAUCAGCCCGUCUUCAUUGGCGGCGCCGAGGCCGUUGUCGCCGCCAUGCAGAGCACCCUGCAGCGGGCCAGCGCCAAGCGCAAUAGCAUCGUCUAGACGGGUGAGGCGGAUGACACGGAUGGAGCUGUGGCGCGUUGCGGCUGUAGAAGUUGGAGCGACAACUGGUGAGGGAGCUGGAGCGGGAGCAGAAAAUGGAGCGUGAACUGAAGCAGGAAGUGGAGCUAGAGCUGGAGCGAGAACUAGAGCAGGAACUGAAGCAGGAACUGGAGCAAAAUCUGGAGUAAGACCUGAAGUAAGAGCUGGAGUCAGAGCUGAAGCAGGAACUAUAGCAGGAACUGGAGCAGGAACUGGAGCAGGAACUGGAGUCAGAGCUGAAGCAGGAACUGGAGCGAGAGCUAGAGCAAGAGCUGGAGCGAGAGCUGGAGUCAUAGCUGAAGCAGGAACUUGAGCGAGAACUGGAGCAGGAACUAGAGCAGGAACUGGAGCAAGAGCUGAAGUCAGAGCUGAGGUAAGAACUUGAGCGAGAACUGAAGCAAGAGCAAGACCUUGAGCGAGAACUGGAGCAGGAACUGGAGCAAAAGCUUAAGCGAGACUUGCAGCCAGAACUGGAGCAGGAACUUGAGCAGGAACUUGAGCGAGAACUGGAGCGAGAACUGGAGCAGGAACUGGAGCGAGAACUGGAGCAGGAACUGAAAUGGUAACUGGAAUUGGAUCUCCAGCGAGAACUCAAGCGUAAGCCAGAUUAAGAGUUGCAUCUUAAUGCAAGGAUGUGCGAUUGCAUUUAGACAGAAGUCACAUUCUGCCUCGGUCAAGCCCUCAGCCACGCCCACAAACCACACACACUAUACCCACCAGCCACAUCCCGUAUCCAACUGCCAUGUGGCCUUGUCCCAGCUCCAAGAUGGCAGCGUCUGCAUUGCAUUUACUAAAUUUCUUACUUUUCUACAAGUUUCCUAAAGCCAAACUUAACAGAAACCCCGCACCAAAGGACAAAUCGAGCCUAUUAACUAGUUAUAU